AUGAUAGGAGGAAUAGACGACGUUGUGGCGGCUUAUCUGACGAGAGACGAUUCACAGGCACCGGCUUUCAAUAUGCCCCAGCCUGGACUUCAACAAGCGGCACCUAAACCUCUUGUUCUGGGCCCUAGUACUAGUGGCUUUCCCAGCACCAUUUUAGAGGAGGGGGAAAGGGAAGCCGAAGCCGAGUUCCUUGUCUUUGCCCUUUGUCCUGUCCUUUGCCGUUGUUCUGUUGUUCCUUGUCUCUUUGCCCUGGUACUUGGUACUUGUCUCGGGCAUUGGACCUGGAUAAACGGUAUUUGUCUUUGGACUUGGAGUCCGUGUCUCCCAAACAAGAUCAGUACAUAUAGAACAUACCGAGGUUAG